AUGCAAUUUAAAUUAGUUAAUGGGUCUUUAGUUAGUAGAUCUUUAGGUAUUAAAUUUUUAAUUAAAACAUUAGGUAGAGGAUUUUUGGUCAAUAGAACAUCAGUUAGGAAUAAUAUUUCAAGUUAUGAUUCAUCUUCUGAAAGAAGAAUAUUUAAUACAAAUUAUACUAAUAAUAACAAGAGACAAGUAAUAGACAAAUUAAUAGAGGAUUUUGAACUAAUUGAUCUUAUCUUACAAAGUUCACAAACAUUAAGUAUUGCAAACUCUAUUGACCUUAUAACAGAAAUCCAGUUUCUAAUUAAUCAUUUUUCUAUAACCAACCUAAUACUUGCAAAUAAUUAUAUUGAAGCUGACCAUAAUGUUGAAACUAAUGUAAUGACCAAUGAUAUAAAAAUAAUCAAUAUUAUACUCAAUCAUGAUUGUAAUGAAGAUGAUGAAGUUGAAACCAAAGUUUGUGUUUUUUACAAAGAAAUUAUUACAAAUAUUAAUAUAAUUCUUCAGUUUAUUGAUAAAAAAGAUGGAUUUAAGGUGAAUGGGUCUUUUAUUAAAAAAUUAGAUAGUUUUAAAAAAGAUGUUGUAAGAGAUAAUAUUGUACUACAAGGCAAACAACUCUAG